UCUUUUAAUAAAUACGGGAAAGAAAAAAUUAUUUAUUAAUUAAGAAGCAUCUAAUUGUGUUAUACCUACAAAAAGUUAUACUUCUUUUGGCUUAGUUAUGAUUUGGGCAGGUUUACUUGUUUCAGUGAUAAUUGUUUCUGUGCUUAGCCAAGAUUCAGACAGUACUUAUCAAAAACUAGGAUGUUAUAGAGAAACUUCUGAAGGUGUAAUUUUAUUUAAUCUGAGAGACAUAAUUGAAUGGAGAAAUUUUCCUACAUUUACAAAAAGAAACUUAACGUCGCCAUGUGAGCAGAGAGCAAAAAAGGAAGGCUAUACUCAUUUUUCAAUUCGAUUUUGGGGUAUAUGUGUUGGAUUUAAAUCCUUCAAUAAAGCUGGAGCAAAGCUGAGCAAUUGCAAAAAUACUUUAUAUAAAAGUUGUGAUGACCUAUCAAAUUUAGACUGUGUUGGUACUGAUUGGAGUGAUUAUAUUUAUAUAGUUGGUCAAAAUGGAGGUUAUAACGAAUGGAGUGAUUGGGGUGUGUGCAGUGUUACAUGUGGCAGUGGAUUUGUGCAAAGAAGUAGAGAAUGUAACAAUCCUGUUAUCUUAGGUAAUGGAAAGCAAUGCAGUGUUCUUGGACCAAGUACUGAAACAACUGUCUGCACAAGAUCACCCUGUGUAAAAGAAAUAGAUGGUGGUUUCAGUGAUUGGUCAGAUUUCAGUCCUUGUACAAAAACAUGUGGUGGAGGUGUGCAAACAAGAACGCGAGAAUGUGAUAAUCCUAAACCACAAAAUGGAGGCAAAGACUGUAUUGGUGUAAAAAUAGAAACCCAAGGAUGUAAAAACAAUUUCUGUCCUGGCCCUGAUGGUGUCACAAAAGCUCAAAAACUGGUUGACGAUUUUUUAAACAAAUUUUAUAUUGCAGUGAAUCCAGGAAAACCAAUUUCAGGUAAAUCUUUGAAGGCAAUCUUUGAAAUUCAAAAAGCUGUUGCUGCUGAGUUUGUUUCAGUUGAUCCAACAGCACGAAAGCCUGUUGAAACUUUGUUAAAAGAAUUAGAAGAAUUUUUAAUUACUGCUGCUAAAGGAGGUUCUAUCGAUUUUGCUCGUGUUACUCUUGGAAAAUCUUUGUUUAACUUUAUGAAAAAAGAAAUAGCUGAAGGGCUUCCAAUCGACGACAUAAAUAAAGCAUCAGAGGGAUAUUUAAAUAAGAUUAAAUCUGAAGUUGGUGAUGAAAAAUUUUCUCAAAUAAUUUCAAGUCAAGGGGCUAGUACUUUAAUGUUUGUAAUGGAUACAACUGGAUCUAUGUCUGAAGAAAUAAAUGCUGCAAAGGGAAUUGCAAAGGCAAUAAUUGAAACAACUCGAGAGUUUCCUGUUGAUUACAUACUAUCACCAUUUAAUGACCCUGAUCUUGGGCCAGUUGUUUACAAAAGUGAAAAGCAAAGAGCUGAAGUCAUAGAUGCAAUCACUAAGCUUCCUAUUUAUGGUGGUGGUGAUUGUCCAGAACUAGCAUUUGGUGGUAUGUUAAAUGCUUUUAAUAAAGGACCACAAUACAGCAGUCCAAUGUUUGUUUUCACAGAUGCCAGUGCUAAAGAUGAUUCUAGAUCAAAUAUUGAUGCCUUGAAAGGUGCUGCAUCAUCAUAUUCCUCACCUAUUACAUUUUUUGCUAAUCUUAAUGGUUGUGGAUCUGGUAUAGAUAGUUUUAAAGAGAUUGCAGCAUACACAUCAGGUCAAAUAUUCCCCCUGAAAGAUGACAAAGAAAUAAUGAGUUUUACAGAAUAUGUGAAAAGCAGUUUGCAGCAAGAUACAGUCAUAGCAUCAGGUGAGGCAACAAAGGGUAUUAGUACUAAAAGAGAAGCGAUAACUAGUUAUGACUUUUUUGUUGAUGAUGGCAUUGAAAAGAUUAUUGUAUCUGCUUCCACUAGCGCAUUAAAUGCAGUUAACCUGAUUCAGUUACAAUUUGAAGAUGGCAAGCAAGCAUCACCAAGUACAACUACGUCUAUGACAAAGAUUUACCAAGUAACAAGUUCUAGCAAAGGAUUUUUUGGUAAAUGGACCCUUAAUCUUCCAACAAGUGCAGGAGAUUUCAAGUAUAGUGUUCAAGCGGUUUCAAAUGACCCGAUCGAAUUUUCUAUUUCCUUUGCUUAUCAACAACAUCCCACUAAAAAUAGCCCUGUGUAUCUUUUUAGCGACCCUAUCAAAGGUUUGGAAAAUAAUAUGAUUGUACGAGUUGCUGGCGGAAAUAUCAAUUUAUCUACUUUUAAAUGUCAAGUUCGAGGACUAAAAGGAACCUUGCUUUCUGAUUUAUCUUUAUUCAUGCAAGAAAACGGAGUGUUUUCCGCUAAAAUUACCCCUCCUAAUUCACCGUUCAAACUAAAAUGUUAUGGUCUCACUAUAAACGGAUCAAAUUUUGAACGUAUAUCUCUUGGAGUCUUGAAACCUAAAACUACUUUUAUGGUUCCCAUAUUUGCUGGAAAUAUGUUCACCGCCCGAUUAUCUAAUACUGUUGAUGCUCAAGUUAUGGUUUUCAACUUUGAUAAUGAAGAGUCAAUUACUUUUACUGUAAAAGCAAGCCACGGAAGUAUUUCACCAGCAACACAAUCUUUGACUAUUAGAAAAAAUGCAUUUAUACAAUUCAAAUUUAACGCACCCAGCGAAUCAAGUCUUGUUGGAACUACUGCGCGAAUCACAGUUAGUGCUCAACGUGAUGUUUCAAAAGAAGAAUUUUCGUCAACGUUUAGUGUAUUAAUUGUUUAAAAACUUGUCUUGUUUAUUUUUGACGUUUUUACGCUGUUAA